AUGGAGACUCUUAAUUAUGGCCGCUGGUCGGAGCUCCCUACGGACAUGUUGACAUAUGUGUUGGAACGUUUGAAUUUUGUGGAUUUCAAGCGUUCUAAGUUGGUGUGUACAAAUUGGUAUUUGUGCUCGAAACAAACGGUGCGGGCAAAAUACGGAUCUCCAUUGCUGAUGCUGUCUCUAGAAGAGGAUGGUUGCGUGCUGUACAAUCCAGACGAAGAUAGGGUUUACGAGACCACGAAGAGAGACUUUUCAGGGAUACGAUUCCUUGCAAACUCAGGUAACUGGUUCCUGGUCCUAGAUUCUCGAUCCAAUCUCUAUAUUAUAGAUGUGUUCAGCGAUAAGAGGAUCGAUCUUCCACCUCUAGAGUCAUUCAAGGGUGGUCGUUUUAGACUCAAGCAAGUAGGAGAUAAAGAAUUCAAAAAGGAUUUACCUAAUGGUAUUGGUACCUACUGUGUCACUGAGAGUUGCGAAAAUCUGAGAGGUGUUUUAUGGGUAGACGAGAAGAAGGAAGAGUACAUUGCUGUGUGGUGUUUUGACACAUUUUUAGCCUUUUGCAAGAACGGGCAAGAUUAUUACCGCGAGAUUCCAAGAGACUGGGAGUUAGAUUGCGUAUCUGAUAUGGUACUCAAAGGUUACAUGCUUUACGUCCUUACGACCAGCGACAACAUUCUACUCCUGGAUUUGUCUGGACAAGAUGGUUUCAAGGAUGUGUCUACGAGUGAUAAAUUACCAAUGUCUUUUAUUGAUUUUAUACUAUGGCGCAAUGGUGACGCAGCCACAUGUGAUAGCAACAACAUUGCUGUUACAACAUCAGGAGAGAUUUUGUUGGUACAUAGCAUCCUUUACAAGGCAACAGGGAAGAGGAUCUUCCGUGUCUACAAGACGCAUCCGGAUGACACCAACCCUGUUAAGGUUGAUUCUCUAGGUGACGAGGCCCUGCUUGUGGAUUUGGGUAUCACCGUCCCUGCUGAUCAUACCCUUGGUAUCGAGCCAAACUCCAUCUAUUUCACCCGUGGUGACCGUUUCCGUAACCGUGACCGUAACCCUAACCCGAUACCUUCAUCCCCGGUCGACAUCUGUGUCUAUAAUCUCACUUCAAAGACCUCUAAAUGCUUCCCGGAUCUCUCUAACUUAAAGCUCAAGGAAGCUCGAUGGUUUUUCCCGUCUUGA